AUGCCCAGCGCUCAAUCUAGUUCCCACAAGAAAGGUGGGGUGAAGGCUCAUGCAGCCUCGCCCAACCUAUCUCAUUCACCUCUACCUAAAAUCAAAUUAAAUAUAAGAACGAACUCACCUGCUUCUGCUUCUUCCUCUUCUAAACGCUCACGACCCUCUCAACAGAAAAACUAUCAAUCCCAAACUCAAUCCGAUGGAUCUUCCUCAGAUCUCACACCUCCCGAAGACGAUGAUGAUCAUGAUGAUGAUUAUGACGAAACCCUGAUCACUCCUCGUAAAGGUGUACAUAAAGGUCGUCAGACACCCACUCUCAAUAACCCCAACACUCAAAAUACAACUUCUAUAACCAAAUCAACCGAAAAGAGAAAAACAAGUAUAAACACAAAUUCAUCCACGUCAAAAUCAAAGAUAAAAACAGAUGGGAAAAAGAAACAUCCAACUCCCAUACCCACUACUACAAUAGGUCCUCCAGGUAGAGAGAAGAAAAAGGCUAUAAAAUUGGAGGAAGUAGAGAGAAGAAGAGCAAGGGAUGCUAAAUUUGAUGUGGAAGGAACUUAUGGUGGAACAACGCCUACACCCGCACCUCUGCCUUUUAAUAUUGACGAUGGAGUAUCGUCGUAUGGUGACGACGAAUCGAAUCUUGGCGAUCUAACCGAAGACGAACUCACCGGUCUUCCAGCAGCAUUUGUAGGCCAUGAGAUUGAGGAUCUAAAUUAUGGCGCGGGUCACGAUGCGGAUGUUGAAGGUCAAGGGGUGAACUACUGGGAUGAAACUUCCAGCGAAGAAGAUGAAGAGGAGGUAUACAUAAAUCAGCUUUCUGGCUCUGAAGCAGAUCAACAAUCACAGUCUUCCGUCGAUGGCAUAUCAGACGACUCCAUGUCAGAAUCCGACUUUGGGUCUAGCUCUGAUGACGGUAUGGACGAAUUCGGCUUUCCCAUCCCUAGUGCAUCGCUCUUUCCCAUCAAUGAAGAAACAGAGAACACCGGUGGAGCUGAUGCCGGUCUUGUUCUAAUGGAGAAUUGGGAUGGUCAAUUUGUGUUGGUACAACCUCGACAUGAACGUUCACGCUCUCGACAUAGAGGUGAGAAAGGUUCGAGAACAGCGGGCUCUGUCAGUGGAAGUACUGUUGUUUCUGGAACCGAUCAACCUGCUCUCUUUAUCGAUCCAGAUGCUGGUGAAGGAGAAUUCGACAGUGAUGAAGAUUCUUACUGGUCAGGUAUGAGUGACGAAGAUGCGGGAGGGGAUACUACCGAUUCCAUGGCAGAGGAAGACAUGCCUGUUCUAGAUAGCCCAGCAUUGAACGAACUGAUGGAAGCUCAGAUGGCAGAAGCUGUGCUGAGGAUGGCAGUAGAGAAUGGAGAAAUGCCCUUGCUGGAUGUCGAUGCGGGACCUUCAGGCCUUUUCGCCGAUCCGACUUCAACUGGACUCGAUAUACAUACUCCCGCCCUAUCUAAUACAUCUUCUGCAGACCCCAUAACCGGACCCACAUCUGCUGCUCUUCCUGAAACACCCGCGCCUGCUGGUCCCGUAAUGGGUACAUUCCAUCCUACGACUGAUGAUCCUGCUCAACAUGCUGUCAUUGAUGGUACAGGAGGAGAUACGAAAUCACCUUUCACUCAUAGGAGACGUUCACGUAGGGAUAGAGACGCAGCUUCGGUAGCAUCGACGAAACGAUCUCACGAAGAUAGGAAACGUAAAAACUCCACUGCGAUCAAUGACCCAUUUUCACCUGCAUCAACACAUGCUGUAUUUGGAUUAAGCAAAAAAGCUAGAUAUUCUUCAAUUCCGGGACAUCCACGAUACAUAGCUGCCAGACGAGCAGCCGAAGCCUGUAUUGAUCCGAACGAUAGAGAGACUACACCCACUGAUUCCGAUGCCUUCUCAUUGGAAGACAUGUUGGAAACUUCAGUACUUUUACAUGAAUUGGAAGAACAAGAAAACGAAAAUGAUCAAGAUGCGGAACAUCUAAGACAUAUGAUUAGGUUUGACAGAGUUGGUGUAUCGACCUAUCUUCGGAGGAAUUUCGGUUCAAAUGGAUUGGAUAAUAGUCAAGCUUCUCAAGGUAAUGGUGUGUCCAUAGGAGGUGCAUUAGAGGACACACUGGUGGGACCAUUGGGUGGAAGAAUGUUGAUCUCGCCAGUGUUGACUCCUGUGAAUCAUGGUGAAAUGGGCAGUAGAAAAGAAAGAAGGAGACGGAGAAGAGCUGCUCAAAUACCAUCAUCACAACCUCACUCACACUCUCAACCACCAUCGCAACCUCGAAUACCAAUAAUCGAAACUGGGAAUUCAACGGGUGGUAUGCCAGCUUUACAAAUAUGA